GCUUCCUGUGCUUUCCGACACGACCGUGACCGGCCGAGACGUGUCCUCGGUGCUUUCGGGUGUUGGAGAAUCGGGUAGGCAUUCUAUCAAGGUAUCGGAAAUAUAGAUGGCGUGUGUCAGUUGGGUGGGUCGCAUGUUAUUGUCUGGCGACCGGAGAAAGGAGAAGUGCGCAAGGGAGAUCAAGGUGGGCGGACGAGAAAGAUGAGAAGAUCGGGUCAUCGUCAUUGCUGCUGCUGGCUGCUAUCUGUGAUCUUCGUUCCGUCCAUGCGAUUCUGAGGCUCUUUUGAUGAUUUUCGACCUGGUUGCUGGCUGUACUCCGAGGCGAAGUUUAGAUGUAAUCGACCGUGAAAGUAACAGACAGCGUUCCUUUUCGAAUGUCGAGAAUCAUUCCUGCAGCCGUAUCGAUGAUUAGGGUAGUGAUUCUUCUGGCUUGUCGAUGCAGACCACCUAUUGAUCCGUUACGACCCCUGGUCUACGCUCGACUUGUCGGUCCUCUGAUAUCUCGUUUUGCCCUGCCAUCCUUGUUUCUACGGCAUACGCGGUUCUUGAAGAUAGAUCCAGAUAACAGCAGCAGACACAGCAGCAGCAGCAGCGAUGAUGAUGACCCUUUCCCCCAUGCAGUCCCGUUCGGUGCGAAGGACUUGUCACAAGCUUUCGCACCGAUCCUUCCACCAUCGCAUCCCUCUGACCUGUUCCUUCUCCUUUCCGCCGAGUCGAACCUGGACUUGAUAGAUGAGUGUGGUACAUACGUUGACUAUUCCUUGUUGUCGGUCCGGUGAGAA